AUGUCCGAGUUCAUUCUUUUUAGCUCCCGAAAUAGGAGUCUACGCUUCUUAGGAGCGUUUAAUCCCUUAACAUUCAAGGGAAUGAUUUUAAUCUCCAUCAAGUAAGUCAGGUAAGGCUCUGCAUAAUGAUUUCACGUUCUUUGUCCUAUCAGACUCUUUUUCGGGUCUCUGUAGCAAGCCCAUUGCCAACCCCCCAACCCCGCGGCCCCCCCUAAGAAGAGAAAAAGAGGGAAGAGGAAAGAAAAAGAAGGGAGAGAAUAAAGAGUAGAAAGAAAAACUGCACCCGGACACAGUCCGAUGCACUGACAUCCUGGUCUUACUGUCCGCCAGGAGAUUUGUGGGGACGUCGUCCCGUUUCCUUGCCACGAUCAACGUUGGGAGGAACAUCGGGAUACGGAGCUCCCACCGUUCAGGCGCCAAUUGUAGGAAAUUUAGACCUUUGCAAUAGAAAAACCUUUUUCCUCUUGUCACUUAAAACCGUUGUCUUUCGAUGUCCCCCCCGCCCCCGGGCCAGCCCCACUCGGGGAGCUCUAUGUCGGUCCCGGUCCCCCAUUGAUCCCUUUAACACGGUGAUUAUUCUGCCUCCCACCUAAAGUUAUUGGCCUCAUGGACUUAGCGUUCUCCCUAUGAUUAGCACGAGGAACCAGGAUGGAGAGCGUGAGCUCGGCAUUUCCACGGCCCUCUAUCAGUAAACAUACCAUGGGAGACCUCACGGUGAGUGUGUGUGCAAAUAAGUCUGGGGCCCUCGUGAUCUAACCUGCCUAUCUAUUGGUAUUACGGCAAAAACUGAGGACUUAGAUAGUGUCAGGGUCCCGCGGGCGGCUGCGAGGGGAGGUUGCAGUCCGCUCGCGGCACUCACCCUCCAGCCGUCCGCGGUCCCCCUUCAGCCGUGUGCUCGGCGGGCGGCACCCUCUCUCCCACGGGUGCCGUCCGCCUCUUCCUCUGUGUCUCCCAGCGGCAGCAUGCAUGACGCUGCACGCUGGGAGACCGCCCACUUUAACCAACGCCGGGGUCAGUCACCUGACCCGGCGUUAAAGGCACAGUGCCUCAAUCACAGUGGGAGGUUUAGAUAUCUCCCACGUGUGAUUGUUAAUUCUGAUUGGAAAUUAUCCAAUCAGAAUUAACCUUUGGAUUUAUAUACUUACCUUUCCUGUUCCUCUUCGCCCUGUUGUGGUCUUUGCUUGUUAGUAUUGAUUCUGAACUUGUGCUUCUGGUUACGUACUCUCUGGCUUGUUAUCCGACUCUGUGACUUUCUCCUACCCUUUGACCUCGGCUUGUUUCACGUUAUUCUGUCUUCUGGUUCCCCUUACUCGGCUUGUUUCCUGACUAUUCUUUGUGUGCUUAGCCCGGCCACUCUAAGGUCCGGUACGGCACUUUUGUGUGUGUGUGUGUUGGCGUGUUUGGUUCCCCGAAUCGUGACAUUACAACAGGGCCAUAAUGGAACCUGCUGACAUACCACAGCUCCUAGUUAAUCAGGAGGCUAGAAUGGAUGGCUUGGACCACCGUAUGGACCAGUUUGCCCAAGCUUUACAAACCAUACUGGCUCGUACUGCACACUUGCAACCUGCCGUCCAGGAGGCUGCUGCUGCUGUGCCCGAACCCAUUCCCACUCCGGUACCCGUUCCUGCUCAUGUUGUUCACAUGACACCGCCACAACGCUACAGCGGUGACCCAGCAUUGUGUCGUGGUUUCCUUAACCAAAUUGACAUCCAUUUGGUGAUGAAUCCACGUUCCUAUCCCACUGACAGAUCCAAAAUUGCCUUUUUGAUUAACCACCUGUCCGGGAAAGCUUUAGCAUGGGCUAACCCCAUGUGGGAGAAUACAUCUCCUAUGUCCUUUGUAGAGUUCUUGACAGCUUUCAAACGUAUGUUUGAUCAACCCGGUAGGGUUGCCUCUGCUGGCAAAGCUCUGCUUAGGGUACGACAGGGUAAUAGAUCUGUAGCGGAUUAUACUAUCAAAUUCCGCACGCUAGCAGCUGAAGUGGUUUGGAAUAAUGAUGCCCUCGUAACAGCCUUUCAGGAGGGUUUGGCCGCCUACAUACUGGAUGAAAUAGCAUCCAGGGAAUUGCCUGUUCUUCUAGAUGAUGUCAUAGAUUAUGUCAUUCUUAUUGAUAACCGUAUUAGAGAGAGGCGUAGUCAAAGACGGAUGGAUACACGGGCAUUACCUGCUCCCCCCUCUACUGCUUUACUAGCACUACCCGCUCCUAGUCAACCAACCCCCGAACCCAUGCAAUUGGGUGCUACGGGGCUAACUGAGGCUGAAAGAGCAUAUCGUAGAAGGGAGGGGUUAUGCCUUUAUUGUGGAAAGAGGGGGCACCACUGUAAUGCCUGCCCUAAGUUACAGGGAAACUACAGCACCUAAGGCCUAGAGAGGGGUCGGCCUCGGGUGUUAUGACUUUGUCCCCUCAUGUGUCCAUCUCCAGACCGUUUAUUACGGUUUCUCUUUUGGUCAAUAAAACCACCAUAACCACCAAAGCCUUGAUCGAUUCAGGUGCGGCAGACAACCUUAUGGAUGAGAACUUUGCUAAAACCGCAGCCUUAACUUUGAUCCAAAAGGCCACACCCUUGGUCGUUGAGGCCAUAGAUGGUAGACCACUUGAGAAACCUCUGGUGACCCAUGAGACCCAAGAAAUAGUGAUGUCUGUAGGUGUUUUGCAUAAGGAAAGGUUAACCUUCCAAAUAAUUGACUCCCCUACUGCUUCCAUCGUUCUGGGUUUUCCCUGGUUAGUGAAACACAACCCUGUUCUCGAUUGGGGUUGCUUGGAUAUACUAUCCUGGGGGGAAUCCUGUCAACGAGACUGUAUGGCUCAGGUACGUCCUGUUUGUUUACUCAACGUGCCCACGGCUAAACCACUCUCUGUUUCUGUCCCUUCUGUAUAUGCUGAUCUUGCAUUGGUUUUUGAAAAGAGGGAGGCAGAUAAGCUACCUCCACAUCGUGACUAUGACUGUGCCAUAAACCUUUUACCGGGCACUAUGCCCCCUAGGGGUAAGGUCUACCCUCUUUCUGAGAAAGAAAACCAGGUCAUGGAGGAGUACAUACGAGAAUCCUUAAGGAAAGGUUUUAUUAGAAGGUCCUCCUCUCCUGCUGGUGCUGGUUUCUUUUUUGUGGCAAAGAAGGAGGGCGAUUUGAGGCCGUGUAUAGACUACAGGGGUCUGAACAAUAUAACGGUUAAAAACGCCUACCCUAUCCCCCUCAUCACUGAGUUGUUUGACCGCGUUAAAGGUUCUAAGUACUUUACUAAACUAGACCUCAGGGGAGCUUAUAACCUUAUCCGUAUAAAGGAGAAUGAUGAGUGGAAGACAGCGUUCAAUACGCGUAGUGGGCAUUAUGAAUACCUGGUCAUGCCUUUUGGACUGUGUAAUGCUCCUGCUGUGUUUCAGGAUCUCAUAAACGAUGUCCUUAGGGAUCUAUUGCAUGUCUGUGCCGUGGUGUACCUUGACGACAUACUUGUAUAUUCUCCUGAUUUGAAGUCACAUCAUAAACAUGUUAGGAUGGUGCUUAAAAAAUUAUUACAGAACGGACUUUAUUGUAAGUUAGAAAAAUGUCUGUUCGAUCAGACCUCUGUGCAAUUCCUGGGAUAUAUAAUUUCUGAACAGGGUUUUAGUAUGGAUCCUGCUAAAUUGGAAGCUAUACUGUCCUGGCCACUUCCCCAAGGACUUAAGGCUAUCCAGCGUUUUAUAGGUUUUGCUAACUAUUAUAGAAAAUUUAUAAAAACUUCUCACCACUUAUCUCUCCUAUCACAAAGCUGACUAAAAAAGGUCUACACCCUAGGGUUUGGACUCCUGAAGCCCUUAAAGCCUUUGAAACUCUCAAGAAAGCAUUUGCCUCUGCUCCAGUACUACACCACCCUAAUCCUUCUCUUCCCUUUGUUAUGGAAGUAGAUGCUUCUGAAUCGGGGGUGGGAGCAGUACUAUCACAAAGGUUAUCGUAUGACGAACCCCUCCAUCCCUGUUGUUUCUUUUCUAAAAGGUUGUCUGAUCCAGAAAAGAAUUACGAUGUUGGGAACAGAGAACUAUUAGCUAUUGUGUUAGCUUUUAAGGAAUGGAGGUACUUAUUAGAGGGUUCUAGACACAAAAUUAUGGUUCUGACAGAUCAUAAGAACCUCUCCUAUAUAACCGAUGCUAGAAGGUUGUCCGCCCGACAGGCUAGAUGGUCUCUAUUCCUUUCGCGAUUCCAAUACAUUAUUACCUAUAGACCUGGUUGCCGUAAUGCCAAAGCUGACGCUAUCUCUCGACAGUAUGAACCUUUAGAAUUUGUUAACCCAACCCCUGAACCUAUUGUACCAGCUUCUCAGAUCAUAGCUGCUACCCGUUUGGUUGUUUCAUCUCCCUUCCUUGAGAAUAUUAAGACAUACCAAACCCAAGCGCCUCAGGAGAUGCCUGUUGGUAAACUAUACGUGAAAGUAAGUGACAGAAAAAAGUUAUUAACAUUAUUUCACACCGCCAAAACUGCUGGUCAUCCGGGGGUUACCAAGACUUAUAAGAGCCUCCUUCAACAGUUCUGGUGGCCUUCACUCAAGCGAGACGUAGUGGAUUUUGUUCAGGCUUGUCGGGUCUGUACGCAGUGUAAGUCUCCUAAUAUGAGACCCCAAGGCCUACUGAUGCCUCUAUCUAUACCCAAGAAACCAUGGACCCACUUGUCCAUGGAUUUUAUUGUGGACCUUCCUCCUUCUGAUGGUCAGACGGUGAUAUUAACUGUGACGGAUAGGUUCUCUAAAAUGGCCCACUUUAUUCCACUUAAGAAACUACCCUCUGCGAUUCAGCUUGCCCAGGUAUUUGCCAAGGAAGUGUUCCGAUUGCAUGGGGUACCUCAGGAUAUUGUUUCUGACAGGGGCCCGCAAUUUGUCUCUCGGUUUUGGAGGGGCUUUUGUGCUGAGAUGGGGGUCUCCUUGUCGUUCACUUCCUCCUAUCACCCGCAAUCUAAUGGUGCAGCCGAACGUGCUAAUCAGUCUGUGGAAUUGUAUUUGCGCUGCUUCACUAAUGCGCACCAGGACGACUGGUCUCGCCUUCUUCCGUGGGCUGAAUUUGCCAGGAAUGCGGUGUCUCAUUCGUCUACUGGCUUAAGUCCUUUUGAGGUUGCUUAUGGGUUUCGGCCUUCUGUCCUUCCCGGAGCGUUCUCUGACAAGGGAAUGCCCGCCUUGGACCAGCACCUCGCCUCUUUACGGAAGACGUGGGAUCAGGUCCAUAUUGCGCUGUCUCGUUCAGCAGCUGCUCAGAAGAAGUUCGCUGAUCGCCAUAGGGGUGCGACCCCUUCUUAUGCUCCGGGUGAUAGGGUGUGGUUGUCCUCCAAGAACCUCCGUCUCAGGGUCCCCUCCAUGAAGUUUGCUCCCAGGUUUCUUGGUCCCUACAAAGUGUUACGUAGGAUUCAACCCCGUUUCCUACUCCCUGGACUUGCCUCCUUCCAUGCGUAUUCCGCACACGUUUCACGUUUCGCUUUUGAAGCCCUUGCUGUGUAACCGGUUCUCUCGUCCUCUCGGACGGCCCGUUUCCCCUCGUACUGUCUCUAGUGACGUGUUCGAAGUAGCUGCCCUUCUCGACUCUCGUGUUUCUAGGGGUCGGCUGCAAUACCUGGUGGAUUGGAAGGGUUACGGCCCUGAGGAGCGGUCUUGGGUUUCGAGCUCUGAUUUGCACGCCCCCUCUUUAGUCCGCUCCUUUCAUGCCCGGUUUCCUUUGAAGCCUUCUGCUUCCCGCCCUCUGGGCGGUCUUCGAGGGGGGGGUACUGUCAGGGUCCCGCGGGCGGCUGCGAGGGGAGGCUGCAGUCCGCUCGCGGCACUCACCCUCCAGCCGUCCGCGGUCCCCCUUCAGCCGUGUGCUCGGCGGGCGGCACCCUCUCUCCCACGGGUGCCGUCCGCCUCUUCCUCUGUGUCUCCCAGCGGCAGCAUGCAUGAUGCUGCACGCUGGGAGACCGCCCACUUUAACAAACGCCGGGGUCAGUCACCUGACCCGGCGUUAAAGGCACAGUGCCUCAAUCACAGUGGGAGGUUUAGAUAUCUCCCACGUGUGAUUGUUAAUUCUGAUUGGAAAUUAUCCAAUCAGAAUUAACCUUUGGAUUUAUAUACUUACCUUUCCUGUUCCUCUUCGCCCUGUUGUGGUCUUUGCUUGUUAGUAUUGAUUCUGAACUUGUGCUUCUGGUUACGUACUCUCUGGCUUGUUAUCCGACUCUGUGACUUUCUCCUACCCUUUGACCUCAGCUUGUUUCACGUUAUUCUGUCUUCUGGUUCCCCUUACUCGGCUUGUUUUCUGACUAUUCUUUGUGUGCUUAGCCCGGCCACUCUAAGGUCCGGUACGGCACUUUGUGUGUGUGUGUGUGUUGGCGUGUUUGGUUCCCCGAAUCGUGACAGAUAGGGAACUAACAAAAGGGAGAAACGUGCAUUUACCUCCAUGGCACCCUCCCUCCACCCGCUGCAGCUGAUGAUCCCUUCCCCCCUCACCCUGCAAGCCGCCGCCCGCCCGACCGGGUGGUCGCCCCCCCCGGCCGACCCCUCGAAUCCAGCACAGGACCAGCCGGAGGGGACAAGCAGCCGCACAGGAGGCAGCGGCCCCCAUAUUAUCCAAGUCAUGGUAGCCCCCCCAGGGCGAACGCGGCCCACCCCACCCACCCAAGGAGAGCAAAGCGGGUCCGCGGGCGCCCGGGGCAAGGCCCACCGUCGGAAGUCAUAAACUGGGGCCCGCAACCCCAGAGGGGAGAGAAUAGUUACACAUGCUGGACCGCCGGUUAGGUGCACCGUUACGUGCAUAAGCAUACCAGUCCCUUGUCAGUGGGGAAACUAAGUGAGGCUUCGCCAAGUUUGAAACACUGCCCCUUGUUGUUUCCUAACUCCAUUGGUCGACUCUCAUCAUGCCCUAGCCUCCAUUUUCCGUAUCACCCUCUGAAGCCGCGGGGGGGGGAAUUCCAGUCCCUGCCCAACUCCACUCUAAAUGCAUAAUGUUUGGCUCCCCUCUUUUCUAUAAGAAAGACCUUUAAAAUAAUGAAAAACGCCAUUAAAACUUACGGCCCUAUAAUUCCACCCCAAGCCCUUACGGUUACCCCUACCAUAAAGUGAGCCUAAACCAUGUAUUACCAAAGGUCCGCCCCCUCACCCCAUUAUUACCAAACCCCUACGAGUAACACAUUCUAUGCCCGUCAACCCCGCCCCUCCCUAUACGCAACUUAUUAUUUAUUUAUUUUUUUUCCUUUUUUUAAUUUUUUUUUAUAUAUAUGAUUUUUAUAUUUUGUGUUUUGUCGUAAGUUAAAAUUUCGACUCCCUGUUUAGGGGAAAGGUUUCGGGGCCCUGAGUAAGGAGCAACCAGAAAAAACACGGGGCUAAAAAAAAAAAAAAUAACCAAUAGGGGAGGUACCGCCCAGGGUGAGGAUAUGCGGGCCGCCUACUCUACAGACCCCGAGCUGCAUAACGAACCCUAAUAAUGCCAUUAGUACAAGCACACACAAUCUACAUUAUACAGUCCAAAUUUUCAGAGUCCCAUGUAUAAUAUUCUUUCCCCGCACCGGUCCAGAGUGGAAAAACCAAAGAUAAAAUAAAACACAUGUGGUGCGGUGUUCCAUCCCCAGGGGGGGUAGCGUGAGCCUCUAUACCCCAUCGUCGCUGCCCCAAUUGUCUCAGGUCAAUAAACUCGCAGGAUAAGUAAGGGUUAACCGGGGGACAAAAAACAAGCAGCCCCGAUCUCCCCGGCAAAAAAAAACAGUCACAAUCAGCCGACUUAGAGGGAAGGCCCAAGCGCAGCAAGUGCUUCUAAGUUCCCAGUCCCUUCCCCCGCCCAACAAAAAGGAGAAAGUCUCGGCCGCCCACAAUAAGGGAGAAAAAAAGGGAAAAAAAAACAAUAAUACCCCUUGCAGGUAUAGGAGGAUAAUACGAUACCGCUAUAUUCAACGUUGGCUUCUCGGUCCCACUCCGUGCCACUCCGCUUGCAUCUGCGGCAGUUCUUCCGGUCCCAUCGCCAAGUUGGGCAGAUCCGGGGGAGGCUGUAGUCCCAGGCCCUGGAACAGGCGCUUCGGGUCUCCCCCCGGUGACAGGAUGUGUGCACGGCCAUCUCGGAAAACCAUCAACUUAAAGGGGAAACCCCAUGCGUAUUUCAGGCCUGCCCCUCUCAGAGCCCCAGUAAUGGGCCGCCAGUCCCUUCUCCUCUGUAAUGUCGAAGGGGCCAGAUCCUGGUAGAAUGAGAUAAGGGCUCCUUCAUAUCGGAUAGGACCCUCUCUACUCUUUUUCAUCAAAGCCUCUUUGGUUUUAUAAUAUAGAAAGUUUAUAAUGACAUCCCUCGGGGUAUUGGUCUCCGCUCUUUGUACCUUCAGCGCCCUGUGGGCUCUCUCCAUAUGCCAGUGUUCCUCCGAAAUGUGUGGAAGGAGGGGCUGGAAGAUCGACAUUAGCAGCCCUUGUAAGUCUUCCUCUGGCCUUUCUGGUAAGCCUCUCAGGCGGAUGUUAUUCCUCCUAGAGCGAUUGGCCAUAUCUUCCAGGGCCAGGUCCAUAUCAAUAACAUGAGCCGUCAUGCGGUUCACUCUGUCGACGGCGGUGUUGUGGGCCUGUGUAGUCGCCUCCACACGUUCCUCCAAUUUAGCAGUACGCUCUCCCAGGGCGCAUAUAUCUGCCUGUAGUACCGCCGUCGAUUUGGCGAUCUCCCCCGCAAGGAAAGAUCUAACUUCUGCCAGUUUUGUUAGAACAGUAUUCUGUUCCGCAGAGAGGGCCUCUCUAUCCGCGCCAGGCGAUGCGUGUGGGGAACUCCCGUCGCCAUCUUGGCUGUCAGCGCGGCUAUGCCGAGAAGCUGUGAGAAGGUCUAAAACGGAGCCCCCGGACUCCGUGGUCCUCUUGGGCUGUUUCUUGGGAGGUCUUCUAUCCAUGGUAGGUUAUGUGAGGAGGAAAAUUUCGCAACUUUAGGUCGCUUUUUGUAGCUGUAGGCGCCGGUGGAACGGAGCUCUAGUAGAACACGUCUGGUCUCAUCGACAGUCAGACCACGCCCCCACUCAGUGCUUUCUAGGGUUUAAAAUAAUAGGUUUUUAUAUGUGGUUUUGUGGAGCUGACAAUAGUAACUUUACAUGAAGGAUUAACAUCUUUCUCCUAGCUGCAUCUAAAUUUUCUGCCCAUUUUUCUUUUUUUGUGGGGUGACUUUGUAAGACAGGAGAACUAUGAUUAACAAGUUUCAUUGAAGACCCCCUUAUAUGCAUUCCCUUUGCUAGCUCCUCCUAGUGGUUGUUUAGGGUAGUGCACAGUAAUGGUAUGUUUUCUUAGAGAAGGAAAUGAGCCAUUGGUAGCUUUCUGGCGGCUGUCCAAAUAUAACUGCCAUCAUUCUCAGACAACUGUCAAUUUGUCCUUUCACAUGUUUAAUUGGAAUCAUGGGAUUUGUAUAGCAGCAAAUAUCUUGUUGGCUAUCCCUGAAUUAGUGCGGCCUCUCACAAGCCUUUAACCCUCAGACAGAGAGUCUGCCUAAGACCUGUUACCUUUUGGUAAUAAUAUAGUCAGUACUUUGAGACUUCAUACAUAGAGAUACAUGUUUCAUCUCACCAAGAGCCGAGUUAGCCAAUUAAAUGCACAUAAUACAAUGCGCAAUUCAUAUCACUGACAGGCAGCUCAUCCUGUGCAUUGAGUGAUACUUGACAAUGUGACUUUAUAAUGCGAACAGACAAGGAAUUCUGCAAAUUCAGAUCAAUUAUGGGUUGUGGACAUCUAUGUAUGUGCGACCUUCAUUAAGUGACAUUAAAAGCCCUUGGAAGACUGUGGCAGAUGAGGUGUAUACAUGAGGAAAGGCAAGUGUCUGUUUAUAACCUGGGGGCCAAUAUUAGGUUGAGGGAAAGCAAGAAGGUCUCAUGUCUCGCAUUCCUGUAAUCACCCAGGCAAAGUUCCCUCAAAGUGAGUCAUCCCCCCCACACACACACACUGAGAGAGGACCGUGGCAUAUUGAACUUUCUAUUAUCUCAGCAAGCUGUUAGACCUAGCACUAGACCAUCAAUUUGGAAUAUCUUAUGAGAAUAGUGACUUUACAUCUCCGAGAAGAAAAGUUAUUUGGAUUGUUGAUAUCUGCUCUUGCUCUGGGGGGAAGACUUUACUACAGGCCUAAUGUCUAUCUAUAACCUGCUCUCUGCAUACACGGCGUCCGUGUUCACUAUAACUACUGUCACUCACACACCUAAACUACCACAAGAUUUGCAUAGCCUCUAGCCAUUACAAGGUUAAUUUUAGGUUAUAUUAGUUAGCUUUGAAGAUGUAAAGAGUUGAAGCAUGCUGAAUAGAUGGGUUGUUGGGCAUUACUGCAGCAAUGAGAUGUGUUUCAUGGGCAGAGUCAGUUUAUGGCAUAUCAGCAUGGAUCAGAAAUACAGGAUAGACAUGCGAAUUGGAGAGUUGAGCAAGUAAUGAUUGUAUUACUGUAAGUCAUGUAAUUUCAUGACAAGUCUGAAGCAUAAAGGUGGAAUAUCACCAGUCCAAAUGCUGGGUGUAGCCAUCUUGACUUAAUUUACAUGGUUGGACUUUCCCAUUAACACACCUUUGUUAUCAUCCCUUGUGCUAACUUCUCCUAUCCAGAAGCUAGCAGGACAAACCAAUCCUUUGACAUUAGUGGAGUAAAUUAGUAGACUGGUUUACUCAUGAUUUUGUUACAGGUCUGUAAGCUUCUGGUUGUCAGGAUAGUUCAUCAACCAGCAAGAAUAGUCACAGAGGACAAGGAAAAAUACAUACAUAUUACAUACAUACAUAUCAUUGGAAAAUACAUACAUAUUAUUGGAUCUUUGAGUGGCUAGGCUUAAUGUACAACAUACAGAGAAUAAGCAAUGAACAAACAAGCAGAGUGUGACUUAAUGAGAUUAUUUAAAAAUGGGAAGGUCUACAUGAACACUGUCAAAGGUAUCUGAGUUAGUGAAACUGAUGUGGUGCCUACUUGGGGAGGUAGGUGCCUCAGGUGAGUGGAGUUGUGAAAGGGUAUGUAUCCUUACACUGGCUGAGAAGCUGUGCAAAGUAGCAUCAUACUAGUCUGAAAACUCAUCAAGGCCAAGAGAUAUCCUGUUUGGGAAGAGCAGAAACAGCUGUGUAGACUUUAAGUUCUGUAAAAAGGGUCACCUAGUAGCAAUACAUGCUUGGAAUGGGUUAAUAAGAACAGAGGUAGAUCGGGAUGUAUCUCUGUUUUUGCGUAUCAGUAAAGGGAAUCCAAAUAAUUAACACACUCAUUUAGAGGGUGUGGAUAUUUUGCAUUCUUUUUUUCUGUUUUUAUUUUGUUUUCUAUAAUGAAUUGUGGUUUGCAGUUGGCUGUCUUUAAUUUGUCUGCUAGAAGUUUCCCCUCCCUUUUGCCAAAGGCAUAGGAGGUUUGGCCUACCUUGAAUAAACACCUUUCUGUCUGCUGUAAUUGGAGCGCACACAAUUCAGUUAUGACAUGGGAGAUCACAGGGUGAUAGAGGAAUGACUUUUUUUGUGUUUGAAGGAGUCACAGCAAAAACUAACUUGUCUGUUUCUUUUUAAUGUUACCGUCUCAAUGAGAUAGCAUUGGACUGUUUUAUGUGUGAGCCAAGUGUUGAAGACUGAUUCUUUCAUGGUACAUGUUGUUGGAGACAUAGUUUUUAGAUCAGAUUUAUAGUUAAUAUGUAGUUGGAAAAUAUGACUUUUAGUUAUUUUUAAUAAAUAUUUUAUUAAGUAGUUUUUUCACAAAAUAUGGACAAGCAUAUAGAGACAAUUAUCCAUUGUCCCUAGUCAUGUAUUUGAGCGUAUUAAUACAUAUAUCAUUAACAUAUAUAACAUUUGACGAUACAUACAACAUAAACUGUAUACAUAAAAACAAAUCGUUAACACUUCUAAUUUCAAUCAACAUGUUUGUGUCUUUCUUUUUUCUUUUUUAUUCUGAGUCGGAAUAUUCACCUGUGAUGGAGACUGACCAGACAACUGAGGUCUUCAGAUUCGAUCCAUAAUGGGAAGAUCAAGAGUCUUAAUCCAGUUAUCCCAAAUUUUGUAACUAUAAGAAUGAAUACAAAAUUGAGAGGCAAGGCCUCUUUCCAUUUUACAUUGGGAUCUAAUAGCCUCCUUAACCUGAAGCCAGAGGUCUAUUGUUGUCUUUCUUCAGUUUCUGGCUAUAGAUAUUUUAAAAGCCAUCAAUGCAUGAAUCAGAAACCAUUUCAUCUGUUUUGAUAUUUGGGGUAAUUUUAGAUGAAAUAAAAUUGUUUCACGUGUCCAAUGGUGUGUAAUACCCAGUAGCGUGUUAAUUUCUAGUAAAAUUUGGUCCCAAGCUCUCCUAAUCGGGAUACAAUUCCACCAUAUUUGUAUCUCAUCUGCCCCUUCUGAUCCACACCUCCAACAUUUCUGAGUAUCAGAAUUAGAGAAUUUACCUAAUUUGGCAGGAGUCAAGUACCACAUAUUCAACAAUUUAUAAUGUGCCUCCAUUAUAUUUAAACAGUGUACCGCAGAGUAUAUGGAUUGUGAGGCCACACACCACUCUUUCAUAUCUAUUUUAAUUUGUAAGUCCUUUUUCCCAUCUGUAUUUAGCAGGGGGAAAACCGGAAUUGUGAUCAUUCUAAUAAUAUCUACGCAUUUAGUUCGUGACUUUACAGCUUUAUCAUUUUUAAUUAAUUCAUUUAGUUUAAAAGCUAAAGCUUUUUUUUCUAAUAAGGUUAAAGGAUCACUAUAGUGUCAGGAAAACAAACUCGUUUUCCAUGAUACUAUAUCAUCCUUGGGACCCCCCGCACCCUCAGGGCCCCCUCCCGUGUUGCUGAAGGGGUUAAAACGCUAUGAAACUGCUAUGUUUACAUCUGAAGGGUUAAUACCGGGGGACCUGGCUGAAGAGCUGAAGUGGCCUGGGUGACUAUAGUGUCCCUUUAAAGUUUUGUGUUGCAGAAAGCCCAAAUACAUUCCGUCGAUGAACAAAGGACAUGAAAAUAUUACUUAAUCUUUUGAAAAUAGGAUUUUAAUAAGGUUUGAAAAAAUAUCUUGAUGGCAUACAGAAAUUAGAAAUGGGGGGGGGAGCAAGCAAAUAAAGUACUAACAAAUAAGAGCACAUAUCUAUAGAGUACAUCUAAAAUAGCUAAUACAAGUUGGCGCUAUUCCUUCAUCCCCUUUUUCUUAUUUGUACCCCUUCCCUUUAUAGCUUGGUAAAUAAUAAAAGUAAAAUCUUAAAAAAUAGCUAACACAUGCUAACAAUAAGAGUAAGCAACACAAGUGCUCAUUACCGCUAUAAAUAACCAUAAUAUAAUAAAAAUAACCGGAUAUUGCAGUAGUAUUACUACCAAAAUUCCACAGAGGGUUUUGUGGAGAAUAUAUCUAGGAGUAGAAGCAUAUUUGGGGCAUUAUUGAACACUGAACAUCCAUGUAAACAGCCACAUUGUCUGAGGUGGUAAUAGUAAGUUGCUGCAUAGUACAAAGCUCCUCGAUCUUGCCAGUUUAACAUUUGAUGAAAAUAAUGGUAUGAGGCUUUUAGCUGAGUUUAGUAUGUGAAUAGUGAGCGCUUAAUCUUAGCGGACUACAAUGCACCGUCCAUGGCUUGUGGGAAAAGGCAGCUCCAUAUCCAUUGCUGAAACACCAAUUCUCUUCUUGGGAUCAUUGUCUUGUGAUAUUGAAGGGGUGUGCCUUGAAUGUCUAAGGCACGUUCAGGGACACUAUCUCUAAAUAUUUCAAAGUGGCCUUUACACGGUUUAUCAGUCUUAUGUAAUGAUUUCUCCAUGAAUUCUGUUGUGUUUUCGUUUGGGUUUCAAAGAUUUACAAGAAUUGCAAUUGGUCAAUUGUGCAGUGUGCCAACCGGAACGAGCAUCCUGCCUUUCUGUCUCAAGGAUAAAAUAAAGUGCAGGUGUAAGUACACAAAUAGCACACAGUAAAGGUAUUAAAUAUACACCAACAUUACCCUCCUUGGGGAUAUAACUGUUAAAAUCUACAAAAUGCUCCUUUGAUAAAGGCAUUUUUUUUCUGCCGAAACAUUGGGGUCUUGCUGGUUGACUUUUCCCCUCUUCUCACUAUUUCUGGUAUGAAUUGGUUUGUCUUAUAUGAAUUAUUUGUUGGGUUGGUAUGUCCGGGUAUCUUUAUGACUUGAUAGUAAUUCUGUUACUUAUGAAUCUGUUUGUCAUCAUUCAUGCUCGGAUGUAAUUGCAGAAUGUCUUGCAUUUUUUUUUUUUACUAUUGUCAUGUGAUUUAUGCUUCGAUUGUCUGAUAGGCAUCUUGAGAUACCUGCUCUUGUGGACCUAUUUAAUAAAGUGUCUUUUUAUUUUUAUGGUUGUGCUCUUUAUUUAGUAGUAUUUGAAAAUCUAUGAAAAACACACAGAAACACAACUCACGGUGUAGUAUGGAAAAAUAUGGUGAAAUAACUCUGGUAUUGGAAAGGUUUUCCACUCACAUACUGCUGAGUCAAUUCCAGCUGACUCAGACUUCAGGGCUUAAGACAGAUCAUCCUCUGUGCUCUGUACCACUCAAGGAUUCUUCUCAGCUUCUCACUCCUCUGUAGAUGGUCCGGCCACAUCCAAAUAAAGACAGGAACAGCUUCCAAUAUGGGCAAUUCCUAAACUUUAUUGCUGCUUAUAGGAAAUAAAAACACAAAUAUAAUCCACAUGGAGUGUACAAAUAAAAUAAAAAAGACCUCCCCCUGGGACUUUCUCAAAGACCUUUCCAAUACCCGAGUUAUUUCACCAUAUUUUUGCAUAGUACAUAAGACGUGUUUCUGAGUGUUUUGCAGAUUUUGACUGUUAGAUCCCCAAGGAGGGUAGUGUUGAUGUAUAUUUAAUACUUGUUCUGUGUGUUAUUUAUGCACUUACACUUUAUUUUAUUAUUGACACUGGAUUUAUUUUGUUGUAUGGAGUGACAUGGCAGCAGGUGUUUGUUAGCACUAAUAUCUCACCAAUUUAACAUUUUCUACCUUUACACAGUUUUUCAUUUUCCAUCCUGCCUUUUCCGUGCCUAUGUGUAUUUAGGUAAGCAAGAAGAUCACGUUCCUGUGAACAAGGGCUGUGACUUCAUUAGUCGAGUUGGAAGAGUGGCAAGUCUUUGGGUAUUUUGCAAUUUUCACUAUAGAUAGGUUUUCGUCUAGAGAAAUGUCUUUACUACAUGCAGACAAUUAAUUUUACUGGUCUAUGGAAGAGCAACAUCAACAUGCGAUAUUUCUACAGCAAUGCAUAGUGGGACUGGCAGGCCUUGAAUAAACUGAACUUGUGAGUUUAUACCCUAAACUCAGAACAUAUAGAGGUUCUUAACCAAAACUGUCUUUUGGAGCUGUCUUUGAAGCAUUCACUGCUCAACUGGUUUCCAUCAUUUUCCUCUAACAGGCCCCAAAUUGUGUGUCAUAUGAGCCAUGUUUCUCACUUGAUCAACGUUUGAGUGUUGAGUUCCCCCAAGGAUCAAUUUUCACAUCCUUCUUAUCUCUAGAUCACUUAAUGAUCUUCACACUGUGUGCAAAACAGCCAUGCACAUGUAACAAAAUCAUCUAUAUAAGUAAAUCAAACUUAUCACAAAUUGAGGCUGUGUUACAGGAUGACACACACAUUUAUUAAAGUCAUUUAAACGUAUCACAACUCUAGGCUGUGGUACACCAUGACGUAUGAAAUAUGGGUUGCUAAAAAAUAAGCUUUUCUUUAAAUACUGGUAACAGUAGCAAUAAUGUUUAGAACAUGGAUGUCCAACCUUUUGGCUUCCCUGGGCCGCAUUGAGCGCAGAGGAAUUGUCUUGGGCCGCACAUAAAAUCUGUUUAGUAGAUAACUCCCUUAUUUAUUAUCCUUCUGUGGUAUUGCCAUAUUUAAGGAUACUAACUUAGGGAGCUAUCUACUAAACAAAUUCACAUGUAUAUACAUAUGCAUACAUAACCAUACAUAACCACACACAAUCACAGACAUAUACACACAUAAUCACAGACACACACACAUACAAUUACACACCUAUACACAGACACACAUAUAUAAUCAUAGACCAAUACACACAAUCACCUACAUGCAUACACACACCUAAUCACAGAUGUACACACACAAUCACAGACCCACACAUGCACAUACAAUCACAGACCUAUACACACAAUCACAAAUAUACACACAGACAUACACACUCAAUUACAGACUUACAAACACAUAUAACUAUACACACAAUCACAGAUAUACACACCUACAAUCACAGAUAUACACACAUACAAUCACAGACCUAUACAUAGACACACACACACACACAAUCAGACCCACACAGAAACACCUACAUACAUAUACAAACACAAUCAUAUACAUACAAACACAUGACCACUGAUAUACACACACAUACACACAGACCCCCCUCCUCCCCACACCCACAAUCACUGACAAAACAUACACAAAAAUGACAUUCAUACAUUCAGUACUCCCUACCUUGCUCUGGGAGGGCUGGAAUGGAUCCUAUGUCCCUGGUGGCUAGCGGUUACUGCUGGCCUGGGAUCUCUGUGCAUUUCCUUCACAGGUCCCUUGCGCGCCCAGCAGUGAUGCCAAUGCCGGGAUGACGUCAUAUCCCGGCUGCUGGCUCACUGGAGGGCGCACAAAAGGAGCUAUCCAUGAGGAGCAUAGUAUGUAAAGGGCUCCUUGCCUCCAUCGCCGCCCAGCAGUGUGGACGGCAACCGGGCCGCACUGCUAGCGGCGCCGGGCUGUGGGUUGGACAGCCCUGGUUUAGAAUAAAGACUAAAUUGCCUAAACACAUCUAAUCCCAAAUUAAGCAUUAUGACUUUAAACUCUAACUGUAACCUUGCCGUAGUGAGUUCCUAUCAAUCUAUCGGUAUGGGGUUGGAUCCCAGUAUCUCAUUCGGAUCACAUAUUUAAAGAAAAAAAUAUUUUCACUACACUACAACUAACUAAUCUCAAUACUCUCUAUAAUUUGAUGUGUAAUUCCUUAUUGUAACUGCAGUAGCUAUCAUUGUGAUUUUUUGACAUUAAUAAAUUUACUAACUAAACUCAACACUCUAUAAUUUGUUGUUUACUUCCUGAUUGUAACGAGAGAAUCCGUCAUUGUGAUUUGUUGAUACUAAUACAUUUGCUUACUAUUCCAGAUGUAUUCUUCACCUUUCUUAUCUUCUAAAUAACCACUUCCCUUGAAAAUGCUCAUACUACCUGAACAGUAUUUCCCCUCCUCCCUAGCUUCCACCCUUUUUUUGAAUAAGUGAAUAGCCCACGUAUCUUAAAAAAGAGCUUUUCAUUCUGGGCCAAAUGGAUCCCAAAAGGGGCAAUAUUGUCCAUGUCUCAUGUACAAUGGGGACCUUUUGUUGCAAUGGCAGUCUCUAUAAGGAGAAUAUCAAGGGCCUGUAGAGAAAGUUUAGCUGCAUCUGCAGAGUUGCCCCUGUGCUGGACUCCAUCCCCAUCUACAACGCAACAUUACAUGGGUUCCCGCAGUCCUACAUUAGCUGUGUCCUCCUGCACAGUCCUAUCGCUGCCCAUCGCUGUGUACAGGUCCUCUCUUAGUGUUGCCAGCUCGGCUAUAAUAAGUUGCCAGAAAUCCAAUAUCAGGGCUUUGUUCUCUCCCUUGUUUAAAUGGGGUUGAAUCUGGAGCUUCUAUUGUAUGGUUGAUCAGUGUACGUCUGGCUGAAAUACAAGAUAUUAUAUACUGCAAAGAGCUGCACUGAGAGUCUUCUCAUCUUCUCUGCUAGAAUCCAACCAUGAAAGAGACUUACAAAGCUUCUUCUAGUGCAGGGGCAGGCAACCUUUGACACUCCAGAUGUUGUGGACUACAUCUCCCGUAGUGCUCGUAUAACCAUAAGGCAUAGCAUCUGCGGAGAUAUAGACCACAACACCUGGAGUGCCAAAUGUUGACUGCCCCUGCACUGGUGUGUGGGAUGAGGAUGGGAGCUGGCAUUUACAGACCAUCUGCAGAAAUGCAGAGGGACAGAAAGGAAAAAGACCAUUUCUAUGCAUAGUGAAGAAAUCGGCAGAUUAAUGAGCCUUUGUGAGCUAUAGUUAGUUUGCGCAUAGAGGUUAUUGAGAGGCAAGUGGCUUAAUAGUAAUACAGCAGUGAAAUCCAGAUCCUCUUGUUUUUUUUGUUUCUUUGUUCUGGGUUUUUAUACCAGGACAGAUAGAGUCCUGCGUACAGAGCUAUGAUUUAGAUAGGGAGAAAAAAAAUAUGCAAAGCCUUAGACAAUCUAUGGAUUUGUGCAUUAAUUUAAGGAAAUGAUAGAGCUUCCUGUACCCAGUCCCUUUCACUUUCUCUUCUCCAGAUGUCCAAGGAAAGUGGAAUGCCUUGGAGUUCCAGUGACUGAGCAAAGAAUUGAUGAAAAAUGAAAAUCACAGGCUAACUGUAAUACUCGUUUUGCUUCUUCUGGUGCAGCAUAAGUACAAAAGGUAAAAAAAAAAUAGCCAUAGUAACCACAUUAUUUUUUUAUUUUUUAAAAAAUGGCUGCAUAAUAUGCAGAAAACAAAAAUGAAUAUACAGCAUGGAUUAGGCAUAAGUUUUUGCUAAAUUUAGAAAUGAUAAAAAAAGAAGAGGUCAGCCAGAGUGCUGUGCCCAGAAAAGAGGUAAAAUGGACACAGGGUACUUAUAUAGGUAGCACAUGGCUUAUUCCUAAAAAAAGAAGGUAUAUAGAGGAGAGUUUGCAUAAGAAAGGUAGAACUUUAGCUUACAGAGCCAGGCUAACUGUAUAGACUAUAAGUGUAGACAAUUUGUGCUAAAAUGCAUCAUGGAGGAAGCUUCUCUGUCGUGGAUGUGCUGGGUCCGCCGGCACUAAGGGUACAAUAGUGCCAACAUUCCAUUGGUGGUGCAUCCUUGGCAACAAUGAUUCCAUCACUUGCAGAAAGGUGAGAGCUUCAGCCAUAGAUGCGAUUGAGUAGGUUUCACCACUUCGGUCCACCAGCAGCCGCUGGGGUUCUUGCUUGUAGAAGAUAUCUUUCUCCUUUAAUAGCUUAGUAGGUGAAUGGAGGGAUUGUCACUGAAGAAGGUGAGUUGCAACCCUUCAAAUAAAGUGGGGGAGUUCUCGGUGGCCCACAUGAGCAUUGCCCUGUUUGUGUCCCUCAGGAAUUUAGCAAGUGCAUCCCUGGAAGCAAUCUGAGGUGCCCUUAAUGCCUUUAUCAGCCUGUUUGGGAAAUAAAAGUGGGAAAAAUGCAACAAAGAUAGUCAUUAAGGAUGCAUUUAGGUACCAAUGCUUUCCUAUGGGGAUUCCAGCAAUGCUGGAGGUCCUCGUGCAUAGCGUGAGGACGUCCAGCGUCGUUUAAAACACUUUUCAUGUUCUAAGAACACGGAAGUCCCUCUCAUGGCUGUCUGAUAGACAGCCACUAGAGGAGGACUUAACCCUGCAAGGUUAUUAUUGCAGUUUAUAAAAACUGCAAUAAUUAUACUUGCAGGGUUAAGGGUGAUGGGAGUUGGUAUCCAGAUGACUCCAAUGGGCAGGAGUGGUCUGGGUGCCUGGAGUGUCCCGUUAAGAUUGUCUCUACUAGCUGUCUACCAGAGAGCCAGAUGCUUCCUGCUGUCUCACGGAGUUUAACUCCGUGAAACAAUGCUCGACGUCCUCAUGCUUUGCAUGAGAAUGUCAAGCGUAUUCUAAAUCAGUGCUUUCCUAUGGGGAAGGCCAAAUGUGCCAACCACUGAUAAGUAAUAUAAGAUCAAUCAAGGUGUGAUAGCUUAGAAUGAACUAAAUGUAGAAAUUGUGAACACACUAAACUACAAUGCAGUCACUAUGGUGAGUUAGUUAUAUAAUAGAAGAUGGCUAUCCUCAUGGACAUAAUUACAUGGUCAUAAGCAUCACCAAUUAUUUUGGCUCCUACAUAGCCAGCCAUAGAGCUAGCAAAAUACUCUUACAUUUCCAGUUAAGAACUUAUUAAAAUAAAAAAUUUAAUAAAAUAAAAUAAUUAUAACAUCCCUAAUACACCCCACCAAAACGUGAAAAACACAUACAACAAACAAUGCUCAGUUUCUUCGCCAAAUAAUGCAUUUUCGUCUGUGGCUAUUAGUGAGGGGAGUGUGGCCUCAGUGUAUUAAUAGCUCUCAGUGCCGUAGAACCCCGUCCACAUAUCUGAAAUAGGACACGCCCCUCAUUCAAAUCCCUCUGUUCCUGUGUUCUAUCCUAAUGCCCAUCUUUUCUAGGAGAGAAGAUCCACAUUAUUAAUAUAGUAAUAUAUCUUUAAAGGGGUACUAUUUUGUAAAUAGACCCCCAAUAAAACAUGCAUGCAUUUAAUUAUGCAUUUUAUUUCAUUGGGGGAAUAAAUAUAUAUAUAAAAACUGCUAGAAAAAGCUGCAGAUCUCUUGUCUGCAGCCUUUGCAAGCCCUCCCCUUCUAACCCCGCCCAAACUUUAUGUGGCUGUCCAAUAACAGACUGCCCAAUGCAACUCUGGGCAAUUACUGUCUCUUGAGUUUUGUUCCAGUGAGCUAAAUAAACCAGGAAGUGACAUGAUCUGUUACCUGAUUGACAGCCAAGGGGUGUAACAAGGCUAAUUUAUAAAAAUGCAAGUUUCUAUUUAAAUCUCCACUUCUUGUAAAAUUAAGAAAAAAAACCAAAAACACAAUCUUCACAUAUAAUACAUUUAAGCAAGCAAACGUGCUUUAGGGAUCUGCAGUGUUCCUUUAUAUAAGGCUACCUGCAGGACCUGUGUAACCUCAGAUUGCAAUGGUAUUUUAAUUAAAUUUAACAAGCUAUAACCAGGUGGAUCCACUGAAACACCCCUACUGUUGCCUGGAAGGGGAUCUUCUGGCAUACACAUUAGGUGUAAUAUGUAGGUUAUUUUACUAUUUGUUUGAGUUUUUUUCUCAGUCUUAAUAUAUUAUUUUAAUUUACUUUUAUUUUUUAAUAUACUAAUUAGUAAUUAUUUUUGAUCCAAUAGGACCACCCUUUCUGCCACACCCUUCCCUUCAGCAGUGUCUUGUUUUCAUGCCCCAAAGGGCACUGUUGUACAUCAUGUUUCGCUUUCUGUGAGUUAAAUUUCAGCUUUUACAAAGUCAAUUCUAAGAGAAUUUCAAGGCCAGAGUAGCCGAUCCAAAAGCAUAGCUGACUUAGAGAAUUAGUUCGGUUCAGCUAUUUUAACCUUGAAGUUUAAAUUCACUUUGAAUUCUCACUUUAGAGCAGGCUUCCCCAAACUCCGGCCCUCCAGAUGUUGCUGAACUACAACUCCCAUGAUUCUCAGCCUAUUUCAUUCAUAGAAUCAUGGGAGUUGUAGUUCAACAACAUCUGGAGGGCCGGAGCUUGUGGAAGCCAGCUUUAGAGGAUAACCCUACUAGUGUUCUUCAGGUGGAAGUUGACAAUUGAACUACAACUCCCAGAAACACUUGCAGUAAUCUUAAGGCACACACAUCAGUUAUCCCCUGGUUUGCUGAGAACACUCCAAGUCCUGCACAGCCUGGAGGUAUUUCUGGGAAUACAUAUACAUAAGUGGACAAAGAUGGACAUUUUAAUUUUAGGGGUGUGACCAUGGGUUGGGCUGUUCUGAGAAAUUUGAGGUGAUUUACUAAUAACAAAUUAUGUAAGUUGCUGGUUACUAAACACAUUUAUUGUAUUUAUUUCUGUGGAGUUCUGUUCUACACUCAGACACAACAGUUAUAUGGAGCUGCUAGAAAAAAAAAGGUACAUUAGGACAAAAACGUGGAAUAGAUUGAUUUAUGCCAGAAAUAAGGACUUUCCCUUCCUAAACAGGGACACUUGGUAGUUCUGAGAAUGCAGGGACUGCAAGAGUGGGUGUUAUAUAUAUUUGUAACACAUAGCUUUUCCAUACAUAUUAAUAAUGCAGUAUCUAAUACACUAAAUCAAAAAUGGGUCAAGUCCUACCUGUAGUGUUCAUUUAACUCUGUAAUUUGGUUGUUAAUUACUCAAAUGAUGGACUGCCCUGCCAAAGAUAAUUGGAUAAUUACUGCUAUCCCACCCUUUGCCUCUUUUGAGCUGGGAGUUGUGCAGAUCAUCUCUCUCUCUCUAGUAAGUGUAUUUUUAUUUUUGUAUUAUCAUACCCCUUGUACAGCGCUAUGGAAUUUGCUGGCGCUAUAUAAAUAAAAUAAUAAUCAUUCUGUCUGCAUGCCACUAAUCAGUGUGCAAUUUCUAUUGAAGGCUAAUUGGUAUCAAGUGUAGAAUUAUGGAAAUGGGGGGUGUCUCUUUUCCCGUGCUUUGAACUAUAAUUUUGUGUUUGUUUAGUUCAGUGGGAAUUGCAUUAUAAUUCUAAAGUGAUCAAGUACUUGAAGUUGCCUAUUUACUUAUCAGUGUUGGUUUUCCAAAACACAGAGUUCUAUUGAACUAAAUCGGAAUGGCAAAAUACAGGCUACAAUGGGGGGAGGGAAAGAGAGAGAAUAUAUAUGUGUGUGUGUGUGUGUGUGUGUAUAUAUAUAUAUAUAUAUAUAUAUAUAUAUAUAUGUGUGUGUGUGUCUGGAUUUGUAGAAUGUUUCUUAACUGGCUAUUUUAACCACAAUUUUGACAUGGAGAAGACAUUUUCUAAAACCCUUUUAUAAGAGCAAGUGUCUCUUUGUGUUGUGGACUACAUCUCCCAUAAUACUCUUACUGCCUUAAUGCUUGCAAAGCAUUUGGGUACAUGUAGUCCACAACAUCUGGAGUGCCACAGCCUGGUCUAUACUAUUUAUUAAUAUUGAGCAAACUGUUUAUAGCCUCUAAUUGAGUUUUGACAAUUGAGUUUUGUAGGCUUUUCCUGAACAUCUGACAUGGGAUUAUGAGAAAUUUAGUUUUUAACAAUCGCGGUGCCAAAUGUUAAAUAAGCACUCAAAGCACCAUAACCACUACAGCCCUGGCACCAUCUGUUUUAGUACGGUUUGCCUACUGACCUAGGUCCUGCCCAAGGCCAGAAACUCCUCUUCCAUUCUUCUAUUUUAGAAAAAUCUGGUUAGCUCUGCUGAGCUUCGCAGGGACAUGCAGGCUGGGAGCCUCUACAUUCAGAAGUAGACGGGAUGUGGCGUAAGUGGUUAUGGUGCUUGGAGUCUUCCUUUAAUAUAAUGCCCUGCACUAUGGGUGGAUAAACGUCACUACAACUUUAACUUGCAUGCAGGAGAGAUCUGUCCAAACUAGUUUAUAACCUAUACAUAGGUCAAAACAUUAAUACUCCUAAAUAGAAUUUAGCUUUUGGACAAGUGAUAAAUAACAGCUAUGGUUAGUGCUGUCAGAAGGUUUAGGAGGUCCGCCCUGUUUUCCUGAACAGCUCACUUCUAAAUCCUGAGGGGCAGUGUAGGAAAGAUGCUGCCUUGCAGUAUGUAUAACCUGUAUACCACAGAUAUAGCAAUCGAUCCAUCAAGGAGGAAUCCCAAAGGAACUUACUUGAUUGGCCAAUAAUUUCCCUACUGUAAAACAAGAAUUUUACAUACUGCAGGACAGCUGUUUUCAUGUCUUGUACAACAACAUAAAUAUUAAAUAAAUAUCAAGGAACACUUGGAUGAAACCGUAAUUUGGAAAGAAAUCCUGACUUGUCGUUUCGUUGGCAGCUGUUGAAUCUUAGAAAAUAAAACUAUAUAUCGCACUCUGUUUGUUUAUACUCUAUUUUUAUCUGCAGGUUGCUGUUCGACUCUCUGCAGUUGGUUUCUUGA